CGCAUUCGGUUCGUGUUCUGCUGAUACUGCAGUCAUAGUAUUUCCGCGCUUGCAAUUCAUUCACAAGAACGAAAAUACUGAAUUUCGUGUAGAAUCUUAUGAAUUUUCAAAAAAUUACCAACGUGUUUUUAAAAUGGAUUUCACAAGUACCUCCCCUAAUUUGACGAAUGAGGGCGGAGAACAUAGAACGGAAUUCUCUCCGACGGUUUUAAAAUUUGCUGGAGUUGUAACCUUUAUUAUAAUGAUUGUAGGUAUAUUUGGUAAUUUUCUUACCGUUGCUGCAUUGUACAAAUGUCCGAAAGUUCGAAACGUAGCCGCCGCUUUUAUAAUAAGCCUAUGCAUGGCUGAUUUACUAUUUUGUGCUAUAGUACUACCUUUCAGUGCCAUCAGAUUUUUUCAAGGUACGUGGACUCAUGGAGAAUUCUUAUGUAAGCUAAUACCUUUCAUCCAAUAUGGAAACAUUGGAGUAUCGCUGCUAUGCAUUGCAAUGAUAACAAUCAACAGGUAUGUUAUGAUUGCUCAUCACGCUUCGUACGCAAAAAUAUACAAGAAACAUUGGAUUGCUGUCAUGAUAAUAUUUUGUUGGUCAUUCUCCUACGGUAUGCAAUUACCAACGCUACUGGGUGUAUGGGGAACAUUUGGCUAUGAUGCAAAGUUGGAAACAUGUUCAAUUAUGAACGACCAGAAUGGUCGUAGCAGCAAGACAGCACUUUUCAUCACUGCUUUCAUUAUUCCCGCUUUGGUUAUAAUUGCUUGUUACACAAAAAUAUUCUGGGUUGUACGCCAGUCAGAGUUGCGUCUAAAAACCCAUGCGAAUCAGCAAAACUCUAUCCCAAACAAUUUAAGACCUGUUCAAACUCCCACCGGGACGGUUAUGGAGAGCGAACAAAAUAGGAUAUCAUCUAACCUGGCUUCGGACAGUAGCUUCUCCACUGAUGCCAAACAGGAGGCCAUUCAAAAGCCGUCUCGCAUCAAAGAUCAACGAGAGAUGAGAGCUAAACGUAAUGAGUGGCGUAUAACAAAAAUGGUGUUGGCCAUAUUUUUGUCGUUUGUAAUAUGCUAUCUUCCAAUAACGAUUGCUAAAGUAGCCGACAAAGAAGUAGAGUAUCCGAACUUCCACAUAUUCAGCUACAUUAUGCUCUAUUUGUCAGCCUGUAUAAAUCCAAUAAUCUAUGUUAUAAUGAAUAAGCAAUAUAGGAAAGCAUACAAAACGGUAAUUAUGUGUGAACCUUCCAAAUUAUUGCCUUUUAGAAAAUCAACUGCUGGUGGAAGUAGUGCUGCAGAGAAAUGGAAAGAUACCGCAUUGAGCAACAACCACAGUCGAACAAUGGUGUCACAAAUGUCAGUGGGAGAGCAACAAAAUUGCAACUCGGACCAUGUGCUCCAACCGCAACUGUGCAGUUCCAUGGAAUUAACGAACAAAAUGUUUACACAGAGUCUCUUGAAAACCACAGAGGAGGAGAACACAGCAGCAAAAAACAAGCAAAUAAUUCUUCCUGGACCGCUCCACAUGCCACAAGCAUCCCCAUUGGUCAACCAUUCGCCGCUUAUCACACAAAGAGGUCCGAGCAAGGAUCUGCACCGAAUGGUAAUGGUAGGGGACGACAUCAUUCUGGAGGAAGAGGAAGAAGUGGCGACGCCACCUCAACCGGAACCAUCCAUCUACACAGAAGUAAAGACGAUAUCAACUAUGAGCAGGGACAAUGUCCUGAAGAAAGUCCCAUAUUAUGGCCAAAACAUAAAUGCAACUCCCGAUAACGAUGUCAAACUUAUCGCUAAACCAAAAAUUUAAAAGACUACUUGAUAUGCUUUAAUAAUGUUACAAUAUUUUUACAUUUUACACAUAUACAUAUUUUAAUAUACAUAUAUGAUUUACGACAUAUACUCGUAAGUAGAAGUUAAGAAUAUGCAAAAUAACGAGAUAAACUAAGUUUAACUUCCCAAUAGAGCAUUAUUUUUUUGUACCUGCUCGAUAUUUUUACGAUUUUCCAACUAAGAAAAUGCUAAGUUUCAAAUUCGAAAUUCGGACCAAAAAGAGUUCAGAUGUAGUUUAAAGAUAUAUUAACUAAGAUUUGUUAUUUAAUCAGUAUUUUUACAAUAGGGAUUUCGAAUUAAUGUACAUUAUAAGCGUAAUAGUGAUUUUUUAUAUUUAACCAGUCCAACAACAAUAUAAAUUGUUUGUUAAAUUGUAUUGUAUUGUUUCUAUUACGAACGAAUGUGCCAGGAUUGUAAUAAAAUACAAAAAACAUAUUUAUAAUAACUA